GUUACAGUGCCAAAAGAGGCUUGUGCCCCCGUUUCUGCGUUACCCUCAGCCUGACUCUCGGAAGAGAAUCCCCCCGCCGCUGCUCGUGGGAAGCCGAGUCCGCCGCUUCCUGCGCGUGUCAGUCACACAGACGGGGGAGGGGAAGCGCGGACGAAGGCGCUCCAGUGCCGUCGCCGCCGCUUGUCGCAACCUCUCGGCUUCUCCGAAGGCGGGGAGAGGCGUUGCUGCCGCUCUUCCGCGGCGGCGACGACGAGGCGGACCACUGCGGAGCGCGCUUUCGCGAAACGUAGCCGGGCCUUGCGCGGCUUAUUCGUCCGGUGUGUGUGUUGGGAGGGGACACGGCCAUGUCGGCGGGAGGCGAGGUGGAGCGACUGGCGGCGGACCUGAGCGGGGCCGGCGCCGGGGAUGAGGAGGAGGAGUGGCUCUAUGGCGAUGAGAAUGAAGAGGAAAGACCAGAGGACACACCAGCCAGUGCUCCACCCCCAACUGGAAAUGAGGAAGAAGCUGCUGCUGAAAAUGGUGUAGCAAAAACGAAAGUGACAGAAACUGAAGAUGAUAGUGACAGUGAUAGUGAUGAUGAUGAAGAUGAUGUUCAGGUCACUAUAGGUGAUAUUAAAACAGGAGCUCCACAAUAUGGCUAUGGAGCGGCACCAGUGAAUCUCAAUAUUAAAACAGGGGGGCGAUCUUAUGGGUCUUCUGGGGCAAAAGUCAAAGGAGUUGAUCUUGAUGCACCAGGAAGCAUUAAUGGUGUUCCUCUAUUAGAAAUUGAUUUGGAUUCCUUUGAGGAUAAGCCUUGGAGAAAACCAGGUGCUGAUCUCUCAGACUAUUUUAAUUACGGGUUUAAUGAAGACACCUGGAAAGCAUACUGUGAAAAACAAAAGAGGAUACGGAUGGGGCUUGAAAUUUUACCUGUUACCUCUACUACAAAUAAGAUUAUGGCCGAAGACUUUUCUAUGGAAGUAACACCAGGGACAGAGAUUCCAGAUGGCACAUACAAUCUUUUUAAGGUGCAACAGGGCAGAACUGGAAACAUGGAGAAAGAAAUACCACUUCCUCCACCCAAAGCUGAGUUCACUUCUCCUCCACCGUUAUUCAAGACAGGAAUCCCAUCAAACAGAAACAGCACCUCUUCUCAGUCGCAGACGAGCACUGCAGCCAGAAAAGCCAGUUCAGGCAUUGGGAAAUGGCAGGAACGAUAUGGGAGAGCUGAGUCACCUGAACUAAGAAGGCUUUCUGGUACAAUAGAUGUGAUUGGACAAACCAUCACAAUUAGCCGAGUAGAAGGAAGAAGGAGGGCCAAUGAAAACAGCAAUAUACAGGUUCUUUCUGACCGUUCCAGUACUGAUGUGGACAGCAGUUUUUCCAAGCCCCCUCCAUUUUUUCCUCCUGGAGCGCCUCCUACCCAUCUUCCACCACCUCCUUUUCUUCCACCACCUCCAUCUGUCAGUACUGCACCCCCUCUGAUUCCUCCUCCAGGUAUACCAAUAACUGUGCCACCUCCAGGCUUUCCACCCCCACCUGGAGGUCCGCCACCUUCCCUUAUACCGACAAUAGAAAGUGGACAUUCCUCUGGUUAUGACAGCCGCUCAGCUCGUGCAUUUCCAUAUGGUGGUGUGCGUCUGUGGUGUCCAAGCAGCAAGAAUGAAGCUACAGUAAAAUGGGAGGAGUAUGUGGCUGUGAAUGAACAAACCAGAGUUUUGAUUCAGUCACCUUUCCGCACCUUGCAGGUUCUGCACCAUCGUGGAGUAGCCUCAUGGACACAAGCAAACAAUGGGACUAUUAUUCAAGAAGAGAUAAGGACAGAGAACGGGAGAGAGAUCGAGACAGAGAAAGAGAUCGUGAUCGUGACAGGGAACGAGAGCGUAACCGAGACAGAGAGCGGGAGCGGGACCACAGUCCAACUCCUAGUGUGUUCAACAGUGAUGAGGAACGAUAUAGGUACAGAGAAUAUGCAGACAGAGGCUAUGAGCGGCAUAGAACAAGCAGAGAGAAAGAAGAGCGACACCGAGAAAGGAGACAUCGAGAAAAGGAAGAAACAAGACACAAGUCAUCACGAAGCAACAGCAGGCGCCGCCAUGACAGCGAAGAAGGAGACAGCCACAGGAGGCACAAACACAAAAAGUCUAAAAAGAGCAAAGAAGGAAAAGAAACAGGUGGUGGUGAACCUGCCCCUGAACAGGAAAACACUGAAGCUGCCCCUGCAGAAUAGGCACAUGUGAUUUUUGCCUCUUUGCUUCUAUUAGUGCCAGAAAUAGAUUGCUCUAAAUCUAAUUAUUUUUCUGGGUCUUUAAAAAAACCGCUCUUAAUCUUGUUCUGUUAGUAUAAAAGCAUAAGUUUAAUUUGGAUUUUUGAAAAUAAAAAGAGUGAAUUUUUUCAUGUUAA